GAAGUAUAAUAAAAAUAUCCAAUACCUGGCCAAAAUUCUAACUUAUAUUUCAUAUAAUAACCAGAAAUAUAAAACAACUCCUGAGUCAGGCAAAUACCACAAUUUUGCGGUGAUAACUAUGACAUAUAACAGCUGAUUCAUGAUGUCACGGAUCUUAUAACCAAACUGAUAACCACACUGCUUGAAUGGAUUGGUAAAUACCAAUCCAAAAUGGUAAAUUCCAUUUUCAUUUCGUUAUUCGCUUGAAUUUGAUUAUAGCAUUGAGACUGUUGUCUGUCAAAAUAGGAUCAUGGACUAUUAUGGAAAUUAAAACUUGCAAAUAGGAGGUAGUCUACCCAAUAACAUUGCUCACUGCUGUAUCAUCUCAUAUUAAUUUCAACUAAUUUGGGUACUGUUUCACCUUGAUUGAGUGUUUUUACCAUUUUUUUCCUGACUAUGGUAUAAUAAGUUAACAUUAAGAAGCAAUGGAGAAAAGAAGACAGAAACUUGGUUUACAACUUGAUGCAAUUGAGGAUGAGAAAAAACUAUUACAUGAAAAUAUCCAGACCAUAAUUAAUCAAAUUUCUUCAUACAAAGAAAAUCCAGAAUUCUUACAACCAAAGGAUUACCCAGUACUUUUCUCUUAUGAAUUGGAUGUCUUGAAAAAGUUAACAGAGAUAAACUUUGAGCUAGAAUCUUUAAUUGAAACUUAUCCUCUAAAAGAGCUAACAGUUAGCAAAAUUGAAAUAAAAAAGGAAUGCAGCAAUGAACAAAACCAAACAAGACCCAUUCCUUCUGAUAUUUCGGCGGAAAAUAAUCCCACUACAUCUAACAGCACAUACCAGACUACUCAAAGUAUCGUAGAUUUACAUAUUCCAGAUCCUGACAAUGAUGAUUAUAUUUCUGAUCCAGAUAUACAAGCAGCUAGGCAAACUGUAAGGGAAAUGACAAAUGCAUGGCUUGGAAUAAAUCAAGAAAAUAUGAAUGCAAUACAAAAUUAUUAUGAAAAACCAUCUGUAAAUCAUCCAUGUUCUUCAACCAGUAGAAUUGAACCUGAAAAGCCUAACCACUUUGAGGUACCAGAAAAAGACACUAAUCAAAAUCAAACCAAUAUAAAAAAUACUUUUGACAUAUGCAAUGUGCCUCCACUUAUAUAUCCAGAGGAAACUAGUGUGAGUACCGAAACUGAAAUGUUUGAGGCUAUUCAGGAAGAUAUAUGUCAAGGAGAUUUAGGAAAUAAUUUUAAAUGUAAUGACGUACAAAGUAAUGAUGGGAACUCUAAAACUGAAAACAGCAGAUGUAGUAGUAGUAUCACACAAUUUAGUGGUUGCGUUGAUUAUUCCAGUAAUGAGUGCAAUUCUGUUGAUUCAAGUAGUGCAAUGCCAAAGGUACAAAACUCAGCAGUUGACAAACUCAACAACUAUAUGUGUAUUGGAGCAAGUGCUGUAUCACCAUCAAAUAUAAUAGAUAACACUACAACAACAUACAGUUCACCUAUUAUGGCAGCUCCUCCAAAUAUUGUCCUUGAACCUACGAAGGAGGAGAACAGUGCGGUUGUGAAAAACUUUGAACCUGAGUUUUGCAAGAAGAAACAAAAAAGAAAAAAUGGUGGUAGUAAUGAAACACAUUAUGAUAUCCAACCAAAGAAGAUUCCCACCGAUCAUGCCCUUUGUGCUUUCUCGCAUAUUGAAAAUCCAUCAGAGUUCUAUUUACAUAUUGUUGAUGAGGAAACAGAGAAGAUAGAUAGGUUGACGGAUACUCUCAAUGAAUUUUAUAAAAAAGGGAAAUGUAAUUACAGUGACAAAGAAUCUGUAUUAAAAAGUAUUGGAAGGUACUGUGUAGUGUAUGUUAAACGGUACGAUGGCUGGUAUAGAGGUGAAAUCCUAGAUUGGCAUCUGGAAAGUAAAUCAGAAAAUGUAGAGGUUCAAUUAGUUGAUUUUGGGAACAAACUUGUCCUCUCCUAUAAAAACUUGAGGAAACUAGACAGCCAGUUUGUUCAUUUACCAAAGCUAGCUAUGAAAUGCCAUUUUCCCCUGAUGUAUCCGCCUGGAUCAACUGAAAUGGAAACAUUGUCUGAAUGGCCAGAUCUAUCGAUAGAUGCUCUCUUAUGUUUAAGUGGACUUCAAGGUGCUCGUGAAGAUGAGAGCAAAUUUUUUCGUAUGGUAUAUGCUUCCUAUGCUGAAGAUCGACAGUCUGUUGCAGUGGAUUUAAUUGAUACAAAUGAAACUGAUGAAGAAAAGACAGUAGGUCAAAUUCUAAUAGAUCUCCAUAUGGUUGUUCAGAUUAUACCUUCAUCUUAUUAUGACAGUGAAGAGGAAAUGGAAGCAUUUCUAGAUGACAUUCAUAUAUUGGAAACUGCAGAAAACAUAAAUGAAGCUGUAGCUGGGUAUGAUGCCAGAGAUGAAGCGAGAAUAUGUAGAUUUACCAAACCAGACGGGACCUGCUUCAAGGGAAAGAAUUGUAAAUUAGAACAUGUUUUGUUGCCAAAAGACGGCUUCACCACAGACAAGGAGAUCGUUUACAAAGAGGCGAUGUACAGUCUCCAACUGCCAAAAGUGGGGGAGAUCGUGACAAUUUUAAUCACAGCAUAUAUAGACAGCUGCAACUUUUUCGGGCAUAUUGUGCAAACGCCGUUCCGCAGCAAGUACGGUUAUAUAAUAGAUGCCGAGCUCGAGCAAUUUAUGGAGAAAAUAAACUCCGACAGACUGAUAAGAACUUUCAAGCCUAUGAGAAUUCUUCCGGGAGUUGGAGAAAUUGUUCUUGUUAAACCACCUACCUCAAAAAAAUGGUUUCGUGCGAUAGUUCGGAGCAGCAGCAUGACGAAUCCACACAAUCAAGACAGUUCUAUUGAAGCGAGUCUUCACUGUUGACAUUGGCGAUAUUUUUGUAGUUAAUUUGCAAGACAUCAGAAAGAUUGAACCACAUCUACUAAGGCUCCCGUUCCAGGCUGUGCAUUGCUAUUUAGAAAAUUAUAAAUUCAAGAAAAAUUGCGAUAAGCGACAAUGCAAAGAUUUUUUCAUGAAGAAUUUUUACUUUACAAAUUUUGCAGCCAUAAUCAGGUCAUCAGAAUUACCAUUAAAAAUUCAGCUUACUAAAUUUAACGGACUAGAUGUGGGCGAAUUUUUAAUGAGAUACGGAUUUGCAGAACAUACAAAAUUUGACCAUAAUCCAAUGGAUGAUUGCCCCAUCGCCCUAGCCUAACAUUAUCUAUCUAGAAUCGCCAAUACGAGGGUGGUCCUAGAAGUACCCGACCCAACGAAGAAAACAUUUUGUUAAAAAUGUAUUUAUUUUUCAACAUAAUCUCCUUUGAGCUCUAUACACUUUUCCCAGCGAUGUUCAUUAAGUUCGAUACCCUUUGUAUGAUAAGAACUGUCUUGCUCCUCAAAAUAGCCAUUAACUGCAGACAUCAUUUCUUCAUCGUUGGAAAAUAUUUGACCACUGAGCCAUUUUUUCAAGUUUGGAAACAGAAAAUAAUCCGAGGGGGCUAAAUCUGUUGAAUAGGGUGCAUGAGGUAGCAAUUCAAACUUUAAUUCGUUAAUUUUGGCCAUUGCAAUAACGGAUUUGUGAGCUGGUGCAUUGUCUUGAUGAAACAACACUUUCUUCUUAACCAAAUGCGGCCGUUUUUGCUUGAUUUCAUCGCUCAAACGUUGCAAUAAGUUCGCAUAAUACUCGCCGUUGAUAGUUUUACCUUUUUCAAGAUAGUCAAUAAAAAUUAUCCCACGCGCAUCCCAAGAAACCGACGCCAUAACCUUGCCUGCAGAUGAAGCGGUCUUCGCCUUCUUUGGAGCCGGUUGUCCAUUUUUUCGAUUGUUCUUUUAUCUCGGGUGUGAAGUGAUGGACCCAUGUUUCAUCCAUGGUUAUGAAACGACGCAAAAAUUCUGCUUUGCUGCUGUGAAAAUUCGUUAAACACUCAGUUGAAACAUCUUCACGAUACUGUUUUUGCUCGAUUGUGAGCAAUCGCGGCACCCAUCUUGCACACAGCUUUAUCAUGUCCAAAUUUUCACAUAAUAUGCGACUUUUUGAAAUACCUACUAUGUCUGCUAGCUCGCGCACUUUCAGUAGACGAUCAUUCAGUACCGCUUUGUGAAUUUUCUUCACCAUUUCUGGAGUCGUCACCUCAUUUGGUCGACCAAUGCGAUGCUCGUCUUGGCAGCUCAUACGGCCUCGUUUAAACCCUGCUACCCAAUAUUUUACUGUUGUAAACGAAGGAGCAGACUGACCCAGAGUGAAAUCCAGUUCUGCUUUUAUAUUGGUUGGGCUGAGGCCUUUGAAACCACAUAACGAUGACCAAUUUGCUCCAUUUUCACAAAUACACUGAAAACGUUCAGUAUUGAUGGCUGCCAAACAAAUACUAAACAACGUGGCGUCUUGACACAUAUGCUUUAUAGGUUGCAUACUUUCUAAUACAAUGAUAUUUUUCAAACAAAUAUCGCCAUCUCUAGGUCAGGCCGGGUACUUCUGGGACCACCCUCGUGCUGCGCCUUUAGCUGAAAUGACGUGCUUUUAGGAAAUGUUGAUUGAUUACACAGGCCCACACAUUUUUUUCAUGUGCCUGAGAUCAGACCAACUUUAUAGACGUUUUUUGUAUCGCCGAAUUCGAAUCCUUUGUUAUUUCGGGGGGUCCCAGGUAAAAAAAAUCACGGGUACGACAAGGGGUAAAAAAACUAAAUUAGUACAUGUACACAACAAAUAUGGUUGGCCGAAUAGAGAAAAAUAAUGAAAAUAAGUUAUUUCAAAGUUCAUUAUUGCCAUAUUUAAGGAACAAUCAACUCAAAAUGAUAAAAAUAAAAAAAACACGUUUUAAUAAAAAAUUGUUUCCAAUGCAAAUCUAAAAGUAAUAUGAAUCGAUAUAGCCCCACAUAGAGGUGAGAAGAGGUGAACAAAAGUUUCUUCUUUCGUUAUGAAUGCUAUGAUGAAAAAUAAAACGAUGUUAUACUGAGGAAUUUUUAGAUCUAGUCCCUUCGCUUUAAUUAAAAAAUGUAACCCGUUGAGAAUCACCUUUGUGGUGGUUUCGUGAGUUGCCUCAGCGACGAGAGACCAAGCCUAGACCAUGCUGCUGAGUACCCAAAAAGCACGAAACAGCUGUCCAUGUUUGGUUGACCUUUAUGGCGAAAAUAAACUUCAGUAACAAUGUACUUUCAAAUACAGGGUGUCCUGAAAGUUGGGGCUUUCCUUUUCAGAGUAAAGUACGUUUGCAAUAUCAAAGCUAAUUAGCGGCAAAACAACAUUGAUAACGUAAAAAAAUAUGAAAAAUACUCACUACUGAUUUGAUAAGGCAUUUCAAGUACUGCCCUAUUGAUAAGGAAUUUCAAGUACAUCCCUGUCACAUGUUUUAUUCGUAAACACUGCUUGAAGUUGUCGCUGUUCGAUUCAAACACACGAGUUUGUUUAUGUCUUCCUAAAUUUGCAUCAUUUGGGGCUGUCUAGAUCUUCAACUGUGUUCAACCAGGCGGCUUUUGCACGAUAUAAACAAACAUAUGAAGCUCUGAUUGAAAUAAACAACGACGACGUUCCGAGUACACUCGCGGAGUAUUAAUAAAAUCUUGAAGAACCUCAAAUCGAUAGCUACGUUAUUGCUCUACAAAUGUGUCAAUUUCAGUUUUUCAAAUGCGUUUUUUUAUAAACUAGGUUAACCUAGACACCACGCGAUGCCCGUUUUGAAUACUAACUCGCAUAGUCUUCGUACAUCGACAUUGACGUAGGAUGGGACUGUGGAAGAGAGGGUGGCAGGAUCGUACUGGCUCAUUUGAUGCUUUUUGGAACCUAAUAUCUCGGUCAUCUUGAAGCUUUGGUAUAUAUGUUACUAAAAAACGUACUUAUUACCUGAUCUAUUUGCUCUGUCUCAAGUUUCAGGACACUGCAGUAAAAUACAGGAAAUUUAAAAAAAAAUAACAACCACCAAAAAAGAGGUUCUCAACUUGCCGAUUUUUAUUUUUUACUUUUACUUAAAGCAGAAAGCCUAGAUCUAAAAAUUCCCAUGUACAAAAUCGUUUUAUUUCUCAUGAGAUAAUUCGCUUAUUUUUUUUUCAGAAUCGAAGUCGCCGGGUGUUCAUCAACUUCGAUUCAUAUUACUUUCAGAUUCAUAACAUUCCUCGAGUUAAAUGGAGUUGUAAUCCUUGAAAGUGAGUUUUUUGUUUAGUCUUUUAUCCGUUUUCAUCCCCGUAACUUCACAUUUUGACCUCGGACCCCUGAAAUAACAACGAAUUCGAAUUGAGUGACCCAAAAAAUAUCCAAAAAGUCAGUCUGAUCUCAGGCGCAUAUUUUUUUAAAACUGGUUAAAUUCGCGUAGUCACUAUAUUAUCGGUCUGCAUCUAGGUUUUUCCACGGAUUUUGGCAGUUCAAUGUAAAACUACCGGUAUCAUUUUCAUAUAACCAUCUACCUCACACACCUACAUACAAUCUACGAUACUAGUGUGGAGGUUUGUUCAUUUAAGCUCACAGACAUACGUUUUUCAGUUUUGCCUGGUCGCUGUCGCUUUGGAACUUUCUCAAUUAGGUAUCACUUGUCAUGGGUGUGUGAUUUGCGUUCACCUUUUGUCGUCCUUUGAUAUAAAAUAGAGCAAUGUUUGGAAAGGCAACUAUUCGACAAUACAGAUGGUGUGUGCUAAAUUCAUUUCCAGUAAGUGAAUGAAAACAACCGACCACUAUUACUCUCAAGAGCGAGUAGCAAUAAGUUAUGAAAGUUAAGCUUCCCCCAUGGUACAGUUAGUUUGUUAAAUAAUUAUGAUAUAGAUACCGCCUAAAACAGUGUAAAGACAUAUGCUUUGGUAUAACUAUACAUAACCAUACUUUUUACAUUAUAUACGCAAUAGCGUUAUUCAUGAAAUCUAUUCUUGUUUUCAUUGGCUACAUUCAUUAGACAAAACUGUGAAUUUUUACACACCUUUGCGUUUGCUGUAUUCACGAUUCAGUAAAUAGUUCGAUACGCUUGAUUUUAACGUCGAGACACAUUUGUUUUUGAAAAUGACGCCUUGGUGUUAUCUCCAGACAUUGCUCGUUUACAAUUGUGUCACUAUUGAAAUAGGUGUAGCUUCUAGCUGUUGACUACUGUUGGCCGAUAUUCCACGAACUGUAACUAAUUUUUCUAAAUCAUGAAUCAUGGACCUAGGUGCUUUAUGGCAGCGCCGAGUGGUAUCACAGGAUCACGGAGAUAAUGUUUGAAUAUGAUUGAGAUGUGCAUAUUCAGUAGCCGUUAAUAAAGUCGAAAAUCGUAUACUACGGUUUGAGGAUCACUAUGAAUACAUUAUUUCAAAAAUUGGGCUUCUCAUCGUCUUAGUACAUUUUAAAAAAAUGAUUCUACCGCAUUUACUUUAUUGUGCUACUAUCUUGUUCACUGCCAAUAAAGCUGUAUUCUGCAAAUUACAAUGUCUACAAAAUAAAGCUAUGAUGAUAAUAUCGAAUAAAAAUAAGUACACCAAAAUAAAAUCCAUGUUACAAGAAUUCCAGUGGUUGAAUAUAAAAAAUAAUAUCAUAUUUGGUUAUUUUUAUAUUUUAAACAAAAAAUCAUCUUAUGCCACAACAUUUAGAACAUUACAUAGAAUUGAAUUAUCGUUACCACAAUUAUACAAGGGGGAAUGUAGAUUUCCAUUUACAAAAUUGGAAUAGUAAUAUAAAUAGCAAAUCAAUAUUUCGUAAGGGAGUACUUGUAUUUAAUAAACUAAAUAAUUAUAUAAAGUCUAUUUGUAAUUUAAAGAUGUUUAAAAGAAAAUUAAAGGAAUAUUUCAUUGACAGUGAACAUUCUUACAGAUGCUAGUCUUGUUUUUUUUUAAAUAUUAGUAUGAUAUCUUAUUGUUGUAGUUAUUAAAAGAAUGUAAUUGUAUUAAUUAUGUUAAAUAAAUCUUAAACAAUCCGUCGGAUAACCACAUGGCCGGCAAGCGAUAUCGCGCCUUAAGGUUGUGCGAGCCAUGCGAUUUUAUCGCGGUGUUUUGCUCAUAUCAUUAAAUUUGUAUGAUCGUAAGCUCUCUUCUUCGUCUUUUAGAUCACUAUGAGCUCGUGACGAUUACGUUAAUUGCCUAAAUUACAAAUUACUCUCAUUAAGCACGUGACAGAUCAGUUACGCAUUGUAGUCAAGUUUUACUAAAAAUAUCAGUUUUAGUACGUCAUUACACACAAUACGAUAAUAUAACAUAUAAAGGUUUUAGCAAAUAUAGAACGAUCUUAGAAAUAAUUGAAGACACAAGUGGAUAAGUAUUGUAAUUUUUUUUUAAAUUGCUUUUUUUGCAUUAAACUAACCUUAAGGAGUGUUCUUUCAUUCUGUGAUUACUUUGUUACAAAAAAAAGAUAAUAAACUAAUUAAACUGAACAUUCAAAAUGUCAAUAAAGUAAAAAGUCUCAAUAAAAAAUGUUUAAAGUCAAUUUUCUCCAAGCAAUGAUUUUGUUACAUGACACCUUUAUUCACUUGUGUAUACAAUUAUAGCUUCGCAUCUCACUGCACCUGCACCGCACGGGUAUUAUGUAAAAACCUAUAAAACGUCAAAAAAGCCUAUAAAAUGUCAUCUUGCAGACUAGGUAGUUUUUACGGUGCAAACAGUCAUUCUACGUUUGCUCACUAGGAUCGUUUUGAGCGUCCAUCUACGGAGGAAUAGCUCAACUACACGCAUUGUUAGUUGCAUAUUAUGUUUUGUGAAGCCGAGCAGUCUAUAGUUUUCAUGUCUAAGAAGAAAGUUGGUUGAAUAUCGCAUCUGGAUGAUUGUGUCUAUGUGUAUAAAAUCAGUGAUAUUUGCUGUGUCAGAAAAUCAUUACUGAAUAUGCUGCCAAUGAAGUAUAUUUAUUAGCUGUGCACGACGGGUUAUAUAUAUAUGUUGUUCUUUCUGAAGACAGGUUACGUUCAAAGUUGUAAAUUACGAUUUUUUACGUUUUUUUGUGUUUUCAAAAACUUCGACGAGAAUUACGGGAAAUUGCCACCGCUCCCGCGUUUUGUGUAAUUACUGUUAUUAGCAUGUAUAUAACUUGUAAUUCCACAGUGUACAGUGAAUAUAAUUAUUAUCAUCUCUCUCAUAUUUAAAUUUAGCAAAUUUGCAUAGGUAAUUUCCAGAACGGAUAAGAAAAAGUGGAUGCGCAACUAAUUUCUAGCUUUGAAUGUCAAGUAAGGCAAGCAGAUUUUACAUCACAUCAGAGCCAAACAUUGAUAACUGAGCAUUUAAGCACAUCCUUAAAAGUAGUAUAGUAACCCCAGGAAGACUAUAGAGACAGGAGGUUAAACUGCGUAAGGGAUACAUUUAUUCAUAUGAAGCCAAUCCUGUCGCCAAGGAUGGGGUGGUUCUCGGAAAUCUGGAAAUCUAGUGGGCGUAUAACAUGGUGCAGAUCGUCUGCGCAUUAAAAAAUGUCAAGAUAACCUGCCACAAUCUUUAUGUGUAUUUCACGCACGUUUUGCCAUGUUUUGUAGAUUUGUUAAUCAGUGGUUUAUUAAUAUUAUCCAAUAUAUCUGCUUGCAACUCGUCCGAACUGCCAAAAUUGAAGCUGUUCGGUCACGAUGACAGCAACAGAGAGAGAUCCCACAUACGCAGAACCUGAAAUUCAUUUUCCACGCAGUGCACGCACGAGAGAGCUGCCCUUUGCACCGCACCUGAAAUUUAUUUACUACACAGUGUACCAACUCUCUUUAUCGUCGACAUUUUUGGCUUCACCACCAGUUUAUGAGUUGAACCUCCUAUCUCUAGUCUCCAUGACCACCUGUAAAGUUGCACGCCCACUGAGGCGAGGGGAAUAGCAGCAACAUUUGUGAUUUGGACGCGUCAAACAUGACACGUCGUUUCGCUUCACAUCGUUCCAAUUUUCCGGCUUUCACUUGAUUGUGAGUAAAGGAAUCCAGCGGAAGAUAAUCGCUUCUCUUCUAUUUGCUUCCCUUCUCCCCAAUGGGCUUGCACCUUUCAGCAAGCUAAGAUAUAAUACAAAUCCUACCUACAGCUUGGUUUGGUGGUGAUACUCAUGUGCUAUUUACUUCUAUUGUAAAAGUAUUUGAUAUACCUCCAUCCAUCUCUCUAAAAGUUCUAUAUACCUGUGUAUCUAUUGCACUCCAGUUUAGAUAAUAGGACACUAGUGCAAGUUUACGAUAAUGUGUUAAAGAUUAAGCUAUUUUUCAUAAUUGUAAAUUUGUUACGAUCUAAAUCGAUUAUUUCUUAUAUUGUGUACUUGUUAUGUGGUAAAUCAAAUAUAGACGGUAUUUUUUUA